UCAAGGACCUCCAUACAGGCAGCUGAUGAUACUGCCGGCUGAUACGCUAUUCAUUUAAAAAAAUAAACAAAACAGUAUUUUGUCGCUGCACACAGGCUCGGAUGGAACAGAGCAUGUUUGCUUUUAUUAUAAUCACUUUAAUUUGACGAAUGUCGGUGGUAUUUAAGGGGGAAAUGUGUGCAUUUAUGGAGUCAAAGCUUUAAAUGAGGAUCAUGGCGUUUCCGGAGGGAGAAUCACUCGAAUCCUGGCUCAACAAAGCCACACACCCGACCAACAGGCAGGAGGACUGGGAAUACAUAAUCGGGUUUUGUGACCAGAUCAAUAAGGAGUUGGAAGGUCCUCAGAUAGCUGUGAGACUCCUGGUUCACAAAAUCCAUUCUCAAGAAUGGGAAGCCCUUCAAGCUCUGACGGUACUGGAGGCAUGUAUGAAGAACUGUGGUCGAAGAUUUCACAAUGAAAUCGCUAGAUAUAGGUUUUUAAAUGAGCUGAUUAAAGUGGUUUCACCAAAGUAUAUGGGGGACAGUGUUUCUGACAAGGUGAAGAAUAAGAUCAUUGAGAUGUUGUACAGCUGGACGGUGGCAUUUCCCAAUGAGGCCAAGAUAGCAGACGCAUACCAGACGCUCAAGAGACAAGGACUUGUGAUGUCAGAUCCAGAACUGACAGUGGACAAAACUCUAAUCCCGUCCCCUCCGGCACGGCCAAAAAACCCAGUGUUUGACAAUGAGGACAUGGGGAAGUUGUUGGCUGAGCUUCUGAGGAGCAAAAACCCGGAAGAUCUUCAGGAGGCGAACAGACUCAUCAAAAACAUGGUGAAGGAGGACGAGGCCCGAGUGCAGAAAAUGACCAAACGCAGCAAUACGCUGGAGGAAGUGAACAACAACGUCAAGCUCCUGAGCGAAAUGCUGAGUCACUACGACAGGGACCGAUCGUCAGACGCCGACCGCGAGCUCAUCAAGGAGCUGUAUGAGCGCUGUGAUAAACUACGACGCACCGCGUUCAAACUGGCCACUGAAGCAGAGGACAACGACUCCAGUUUGGGUGACAUUCUCAAGGCAAACGAUGAUUUAUCCAGAGUAAUUGGCUCCUAUAAACGAAUCGUAGAAGGACAGGCGGACGAAGGCGAGGGUGAAGAUCUCAGACCAGCUGCUAGUGAAGGAUGCGAGACCACAGGCACUUUGAUUGAUCUGGCUGGACUGGAUGAACCUUCCUCUCCCCCAACCGUCCCUCCUCCUUCUCUUCCUCCUCAGGUCCCGUCAGCCAAUUCCACAGCCUCGCCCAUCCCCGUGCUGCCGCCUCCUCCCCGCCGACUGGCCGGCGGUCACGGCAGUCAAACGAGCAGCCCUAGUCACAAACCGCCUGAGCAGCAGACCUCCCUCUCCCUGCUGGACGAUGAGCUCUUGUCUCUUGGACUGAAUGAUCCUCCCUCUGUGCCAAACAGACCGAAGUUGGAUGAAUUGUCUGGUCAGUGGACGUCCUUACAGGCUCCUGAUCCGGGCCUGGACCUGUUUGGGAGCAUCUCAGCACCGAGUGCCGUCUUUCCGACAACACACACACCUGCACAAAACUCACACACAACGGCUGUCAGUCAGGGGCUGCAGGAUCUCUCCAUGCUAGAUUUUGGAGGUGGAAAGAGUGUUUCUGGUCUUAGCGGCAUCGCUGGAGGGACUUUUGGUCUUUCUGGAGGUGCGAUGGGCUCCGCAGCUGCCCCUCUACAGCCCACUAACCCGUUUGUGAGCGCGGCGGUGCCCGGUUCACCCGCUGUGGCCCGGGCCCAGGCGGUGACGGGUGGCUCGGCUCCAGGCAGCCCUUUCUUUCAGCCUUUCUCAUCUCCGUCUCACUCGCUUCAGAGCAGCCCGGCGCGGAGCUCAGAGCCCAGCCUGUCUAACCUGCACGUCCCACUCGAGUCCAUCAGACCCAGUAAAGUCUUACCUGUGACUGUGUACGAUAAGGAUGGAGUCCGUGUUCUUAUGCACUUUGCGAUGGACUGUCCACCGGGUCGACCGGACGUCCUGGUCAUGGUGGUGUCGUUGCUCAACACGGCGCCAUUGCCUGUGCGAAACAUAGUGCUGCAAGCAGCCGUUCCCAAGUCUAUGCGAGUGAAGCUUCAGCCUCCAUCAGGUACAGAGAUCGCCCCCUUUAACCCCAUCCUGCCCCCCGCAUCCAUUACUCAGGUCAUGCUGCUUGCCAACCCACUCAAGGAGCGUGUGCGUUUGCGCUAUAAGCUGACGUAUCUUCUGGGAGAGCGCCAGUAUUCGGAGGUCGGAGAGCUGGAUCAGUUUCCUCCAGCGGAGAGAUGGGGCUCCCUGUAGAUCUCGCCGUUUACCCGCUCGAACUCUUAAAUGUUCAUUCCCAAGUAUUGUCAUUCAUUUGUGCUGUUUAUUUAUUUUCAAUCAGUGUUUUACUGUAGCCUUGUGAAGCAGCAUUUGAUGCUUGGUGUUAUUCACGAAAAUUCAAGCUGGGUAUUAAUACAAUAACGCAACAUCAGUGACACACAUGACGGUCUGAAGCGGACACACGCAUUUCGGAGAUUGAUCUUUUGCAUGCUGCGCUUAAAGCAGUUUACCAUGGUAAUCAUAGUUUUUGUCAAAAUACCAUAGUAGAACCAGUGUUGGGGGUAACACAUUACAAGUAAUGUGAGUUACGUAAUCAGAUUACUUUUUUUCAAGUAACUAGUAAAGUAAUGCAUUACUUUUACAUUUCAAAUAAGUAACGGCAGUUACUUUGUUUCUGCUUUUAUUCACAGACAUCUCUCCUGUCCCAUGUUGUAAGAAAUCGGGAAUCGGGUUCAAUUUUUUUCCGCAAAGAGAUGUGUUUUGACACCUUGACGUUCUGUGUGGGACGAAUUUUGACAAAUACAAAAAAACACUAACUUCUGACUCUGUGUUCAAGAACCUUAAGUCUUACAAAGACACUUCCUUCAGUUUGAGGCAUAUUCAUUUCAAUUUUGGUGUCAAAGGGCCUUUACAGUUGCAAAAAAAUAUAACUUUUUGUUUUUUAAAAAACAAAUAAGCAAGCCCAGCUCAGUUGAAAAAAGUAACAAAAAUAAAGUAACAUUACUUUCCAUAAAAAGGUACUUUUUCAAGGAGUAACACAGUAUUGUAAUACAUUACUUUCCCCAACACUGAGUAGAACAAUAAAUAACUGGCACUUUUAACAAAUCAAGUGGUUGAUACACAAUUAUGGUUAGAAAAUUAAAUAAAAAAUGUUCAUUAAUUUAUGUGAAAUAAUAAGUUAAUUGCUACUAACUUGACUUAAUUAUGUAUGUAUUAAUUUAGGCUAAAUUUAAAAACUUUUACCAGUGGUAUUUUAGUAGUAUCAUUGAGAUACUAAUUGUUUUUAAAAUCUUUUAAAAUAGGUUUAUUUUUGUAUUUUGUGUUUUAAUUGUUAUUUUACAGUUUUAGUAACUAGUUUGUUGGUUUAUCAUUUUUAUUACUUAAUGUUUUUUUUUUUUUUCAAAUAUGUAUAUAGUUUUUAUUAUUUGUAUUUCACUUUUUUAGUUAGUACAUUAAGUUAAAGUUAACAAAAAUGAGAAAUGUUUGAAGCAUAGCUAAAUAAAAUGUUUAAUUUUAUUUCAAGUAAAAAAAAGUUAAAUGUUUUUUUUUUUAUGGUUUAAGUUUUAGUCAACUUUAACAACCCUACUCGUAACCCAUUGUUUAUUUUAUUUUAUUAUUAUUUUUUAAUUAUAUUACAACUGCUCUGCUUAUAAUGUAAACUGCUCUAAACAUGUCUGGAGUUUAGGUAACAGGUUUGCAAAUAUAUAUUUAGGUGAGCAGCUCUUUUCAUUGACAUCUUGUUGAGAAUGAGAAAUCAAACAAAAUGUAUCUUUUUCAAGCAAUGUAGUAGCUGUGGUAUUUUGGCGUAAACUGUGAUAAAUAGUGGUAAUUUCCGAAGCCAAACUAAUACUGAUGGUGUCACAUGACCUUGUCGCUGUCCGUGGAGUGUAUUUAACCGUGAUUUCACUCUGUUCAGACAGUUCUAGGUGUUUCUGCGCUCUUCGCAACAGACAAGCAUUUGCUGUUUCUAGAACUAGACGAUUCAUUUGCCGUGAACUUCAGCUUUUGAAGUCAUGAAGCAUCAGAACGAAUGUACCUGCAGUCAAACGAGUUUACAUGGAGAAUGCUGUGAGUUUACACACGUAACGUCAGACUAGCAUUAUGUUGUCUAUUUUGAGUUUUUAUCCACCGAUGUUAUAGUUCAACAGUGUUUCUGCUUUUAUUUAUUGCUGCUACAGGAACGUUUGGACUUGAUUUUCAGCAUUACAGUCUGUCUUAGAUAGUGACAGCCUUUAUUGACAAAUAAUUGUUUAAAUAAUUUACAUAGUGUUUUUGCCUGCAGGUUAUGCAAUGAAGAUCUUGAUGGAGGAUGAAGUGAAAUGAAUAUAAGUUUACCAUAAGUCAGAUUGGAGAUAUGUUGUUAAAUUAUGUGGAGGAAUCAGCUGUCAGUCCGAUGAUCGUUUCACAUGAUUUGAUUCUUUUAAGCGCUGUAGCAGAGCAAGUGAGCAUUUUAUUUCAUCAGAUAAAGGCCUCGUGAUUUUGGUCCCAAACAAACCUUAAUGUGCCCGACCAGAAGAAGAGGACAACUGCUCCUCUGAUGUGUGCAAACCCUACAGUUCAUUACGAUCAUGUGUUUAGACUCUUUGAACCUCACACAGAAAUGACUCAUAUUGCACCCACAAAAACAAAAGAAUUCAUAUUUUGCAUAACCAAAACGUUUUAUUCAUAUACUGCUUUUAAUAUAGCAAAAUAUGUCAUCUUUUUUAUUUUGGGGUGAAUGCAUAGUGUUUUUGAUGAGAUUUAACCUGUGAAAAUUAUGUGUUUGAACACAUUGGACUAUUUCUGGACAUAUUUCUUCUGAUUUUGUCUGACCUGUUCCAGGAAGAUGAAGGUUUCAGGGCUUCAUUGUGCAUCUACAUCAAAGCGUUUAAAGUAUUUCAGAGGAAUCUGUAUAUUAGUAUGAAUCAUAUCUUUGAAACUGAUGACAAUUAUGGUUUAGGAGGACUUAUGAAAGUAUAUGGGACAAAUAUAGAACUUACUAAAAGUUAUUAUGGAUGACGAUGAUGAUGAUGCACUGCUCUGGUGUUUAAUAAUGAAUCCAUCACGUGUAAUGCGCCAUUAAAGACAUUAUCAAAUGGA